AUGACUGUUAUUAACACAGAUACAUUUAGUAAUGCAUACAAACUAAGAAACUUAAUUCUUCCUCCCACAAUUCAGGCUAUCAAUUCAAAUGCUUUUCAAUGGACAAAUAUCGAGACAUUCACAGUUCCACGUGACACUCAUACAAUUUCAGAAUAUGGUUUGCAUAAUUGUGUUAAUCUCAGUACAUUCAUCAUUGAUAGUAAUUCUUCAUUAAUGAAUAUCAAAUUUGCCGCGUUUUCUGGUUGCAAAUCUCUUGCAACAAUCAUUUGUAAUGACAGUAUGUACUUCACCGUUGAGAAUUUUGCUCUUUUCAAUAAGAACAAAACAGUUCUAGUUGUAUUCCCUCCUGGUUGUCCAUGCAAGUUCUUCUCUGUCCCGAUAACUAUCCGAGAGAUUGAAGCAGGUCAUUCCUCGAAUGCAGGAACCUUGUCAACAUUCUUAUCCCAGACAACUCUGUUCAAUACAUUCGUCGCUAUGCAUUCUCAGAGUGUACAUCUCUGA